CUCAAUGAAGACAAAGCGGAACCAACCCUUCCUCGAGUCAUACUUUCAGUCGGAAAUGUUUUCGUGAAGAUCCUUUAAAGAUGCAAUGUGUGUUGAAAGGCGUGUCUGGAGCUCUCAUCCCCUUGACUGACGGACGGGCCCUGAUAUUGGGCCGUGGCCCUGAAUCAGGCAUAGCAGACAAAAAAUGUUCCAGGCACCAGGUAAAACUGGUCGCCAACUAUGCAAGUUGUGAAGUACUUGUCACGCAGCUGGGUCCUAACCCUUCAUCGCUCAACCAUGAAUCCUUGGGCCGGGGGCAGACAGGCAUUCUGUCUGAAGAUGGUACUCUUUACCUGGUCAAUCAAAGCCACCCUUUCACUGUGCAUUUUACGGAAAACUCCAAUGGCAACACCUCUUCUUCUGCUCAGAAAAGGAAAACAGAAGAAAGAAUUGGGACAGAUGAAAAGAAAACUGCCCCUAAACGGAACAUACAGGAUUUCUUCACAACAUCCCCCAAAAAGUCAGUAAAGAGACCUCAUAGUUCAGAGGAAGAUGAAUGGGAGCAGAAGCGUGGUCGCACUGAGACGUUCAACGACGACUCUGAGGGGCUUGCUGAGGAGAAUCUGAGGAAGCUGCAAAGUCUUGCUGAGAGGGCCAGCUCUUCUCAGCAGGCACCAGAGAAGACGACCCAGAGCAGGUCCUCAGCCUGCUCCAAGAGCCACUGGAAGAAGAUCGGCCAUCUCAUACUGUACACUGCUGCAGGUGUUAGAGGAAGUUCAAAGAUUGCUGGUUUUGACAUUGAUGGCUGCAUCAUCACAACAAAGUCUGGUAAAGUGUUUCCUACAGGACCAGAUGACUGGAGAAUUCUGUAUUCUGAAAUUAAGCCAAAACUUGCCAGUCUGCUUGGAUCAGGUUAUAAGGUGGUGUUCUUCACCAAUCAAAUGGGCAUAGCGAAGGGAAAACUGAAAGAAGAGGUGUUUAAAUCCAAAGUAGAAGAUAUUCUUCAAACACUGCAGCUACCUGUUCAGGUAUUUGUUGCUGCUGGUCCAGGAACUUUUAGGAAGCCAGUAACGGGCAUGUGGAAGCAUUUGUGUGAGGAGGCAAAUGAUGGAAUCCCUGUGGACAAAUCGCUGAGUUUUUAUGUUGGAGAUGCAGCAGGGCGGCCGGUAAACUGGGCCCCUGGGAAGAAGAAAAAAGAUUUCUCGUGCAGUGACCGACUGUUUGCCUUAAAUCUUGGACUGCGGUUUGAGACUCCUGAGGAGUACUUCCUUGGCUGGAAGAAGGCACCCUACAGUCUGCCCUCAUUCGAUCCAAGGAAGCUGGACCCUAAUGGCCGGCUGUAUGACCCCCCAUCAGCCUCUCUCACUUCCAGCACGCCAGAGAUCGUUGUGGCAGUAGGAUUCCCUGGAGCUGGGAAGUCAACCUUCUUCCAUAAGCAUAUGGUACCAAAGGGCUACACUUAUGUGAACCGAGACACAUUGGGUUCCUGGCAGAACUGUGUGUCAGCCUGUGAGAGAGCUCUGAAGCAAGGCCACAGUGUUGUCAUAGACAACACCAAUCCUGAGCCAGAGUCUCGUAAACGGUACAUAGAUGUCAGUAUAAAAGCUGGGGUUCCUUGUCGCUGCUUCAAUUUCACUGCAUCUCUGGAACUAUCUAAACAUAACAACAAGUUUCGAGAGAUGGUUCCGUCAGACACAAAGCACAUGAUUGUCAAUGACAUGAUCUUCCACAGCUACAAGAAAAAGUUUGUAGCGCCCAGUCUCUCUGAAGGCUUCUCAGAAAUUCUGCAGAUCCACUUUAUCCCUCAUUUCAAAAACAGCCAAGAGGAGGCUCUCUUCAGGCAGUUUAGUGAAGGCUGAAGACGAAGCUGACAGAAAGAGGCAUCCAAAGUAUUGUGGUGUUUUGGGUAGCAGGAACACAUUUUUGGCCUGAUCUGGUCACUCCACUACACCUCCACAAACAGACAAGCUCCAAAAUAGGCCUUCCUUAUUUUUACACGUUUAAAUGUUUUUUCUACUCCACAGUACGUUCAAAUCAGAGGUAACAUUGAUUUUUUUUAGUCAGAAUUUUAGAAAAUCAUGUCAAUGAUUUCAAUGUAAAAUCAUGUAAAUGAUUUGGAUGUAGAUAAAGAAUAUAGAGUUGUAAACCUAUGUUUUAAAUGAAUACAUUAAAGUGUUUUUUUUCUUCUGAA